AUGACCAGUAACUCUCCGGAGGCAGUGGCCGAUCCGGCCAGCUCCUCCGCCGCGACCCCUUAUGGCACGCGAUCGAGAGGCCGCAACGCCCCUCGUCCCAACUAUGCGGAAGAUCGGGACAUGGAAAUGGAAUUCGAACCGGCCCCUAACAAAGCUGCAAAGCGGAAUAGCGGCGUGGCCCUUAACAACAUUGUCAACGGUUCCAAAUCUGACGGCGAGAAAUCCUCACCCGUCCAAUCACGGAAAAGCUUAACCAAUGGCACCGCUGUUACUGUAAUUCCCAAAGAAUCCAUUCCAGGCACAUCAUCCUUUUCAGCACGUCCUGACGAGGUCGAUGGGACUAAUGGAUCAAAUUCACCAAACCCAACUAAUGCUGCUACUAAUGGAUCGGGGGGUUCUUUGAGAAAACGCAAACAACCGGCUAGCGCUCCCAAUGCAGGAUCUACCGGAAAUGUUACGAAAAAGAUAUUCACUGCCGCCCCGGGGGAUUCCGACGGCGGGUAUUUCACCAAUAUGGUCAGCUUUGAGAACACAGGGCCACAUCUCAAAGAUGGCAAAUUAAUUGCUGAUGAUGGUACCACAUUUGCCGUAAAUGAUCAUGUUUAUUUAAUAUGUGAGCCUCCUGGGGAGCCUUAUUACUUGGCUCGAAUUAUGGAGAUCUUGCCUUCCAAAACCAAAGACGACGGUUCGAUCGAAGCAUUGAGAGUGAACUGGUAUUAUCGACCACGAGAUAUCCAGCACCACAGUCCAGACACUCGAUAUGUAUACGCUUCAAUGCACUCAGACGCCUGUCCGCUUUCUUCAUUGCGUGGUAAAUGCCAAAUCCGCCAUUCUUCAGAAAUUGAAGAUAUCACUGCCUAUAAGAAGACUCGUGAUAGUUUCUGGUACGAUAAGAUGUUCGAUCGCUAUAUUCAUCGCCUGUACGACGUCAUUCCCACCAAGGAUGUUAUUAAUGUACCCGGAAAUGUCAAGAAAGUCCUAGAUGAUCGCUGGAAGUUCAUCUUAGUCGAAUUAGGCAAGGGAAAGGAAUUGACUGGCGCCGUCAAGACUUGCAAACGAUGUCGCUCGUUUGCCGCCAACUCGGAGUCUGUGGAUUGUGCGGUUUGUUCUUCAACCUACCACAUGCACUGUGUUCGGCCUGCUUUGACAAAAAAGCCAGCUCGAGGUUUUGCUUGGGCUUGCGCUGCUUGCAGUCGUGCACAAGAACGGAAGCUUGAGGCGCGCAACACCCCGCGUAUCCUUGAAGGGCGAGGUGAAGGUGAAGAUGAGGUCAUGGAGGAGGAAGAGGAAGAACAUCUGAACAAUGGUGCGACAAAUGGAACUGGUACGAGCACUCCUGCAGAGGAUUCGAUGCCCCAACCAGCAACAGAAGAGCAAAUAGCGCAUGCAAAUAUGUGGCCAUUUCGCUAUCUGGGUAUCCAUUGCCGACCGGAAGAUGCUCUUGAUUACGAUGACCGAAUUUAUCCCCGUGCAAGUUCCCGACUCGGCCCUCGACACCAAGCGAUCGUUAAUGCAUGGCCUGGACGCACAGUCGAAUAUGUCAAGCCUCUUGAGUUGAAAAAGAAAUCGGUCAAGGUAUCGGGUGGACGAAAUGUGAUGAAGCUUACCAAGGAGUCCCAGGCCGCGCUGGAUGCGUCAAAGAUUGAACGCGCCAACCGACCGAAAUGGGUUCAAGAUGAGCCCCCAGGCUAUAUUCAACGUGGUGGAGAUGAACCAGUCAACGUCAACGGAAAACAGGAGCGCAGCGCCGAGCUCAUAUUUAAAAUGCCAACAGCGGAGCAAAUGCCAGCACGCGGCGAAGACGAUGCACCUGGCUCUCACUUGAGUGAUGCUGACCGCGAAGCUUUUAUCGAUGACUAUAUGCGACAAGCGAAACAACUAGCCCCUGAACUCGGAGUCGAGAAACAUUGCACCAAUUUCUUGGAUAAGGCCAUCCAGCUUCUGUACUCCGAGAGUUUCAAUGUCGAGGCCGCCCUCGCAAAGCUCAAGAAGGCUAAUAAAUACAAAGAUCUCAAGGAGCCGCAUCUACGUCCGGAAGAGGUCAAGGCUUUUGAGCAAGGUGUCGCCAAGCAUGGAUCUGAGUGGCGCCUCAUCGCAAAGCAUGUGAAGACCGUUCAUAUUUAUGAUAUUGUUCGAUUCUACUACAUGUGGAAAAAGACACCACGUGGCAAGCAAGUCUGGGGUACCUAUGAAGGUCGGCGCGGUAAAAAGGAGGUUAGACGACAAAGUGUUGUUUCUUCGAAACUUGUCGACGACGUCGCCGAUGACCAUGAUGACUCAGCCUUUGAUAAUGAGAAGGCAUUGACAGUUAAGAAAGGUUUCCAAUGCAAAUUCUGUUCGACGCGUCAUUCACGGCAAUGGCGACGCGCGCCAUUAGUUCCGCCCGGCACAACCGUUCCCUCUGAUCCGUCGGCAAAGAAGGACAAAGGGCCUUUAUUGACUGUCGCCCUUUGUCUCCGCUGUGCUCUAUUGUGGCGCAAAUACGGCAUUCACUAUGAGGAUGUCGAUGAACUCGGCAAGCGCAUCGCGACUAGUGGAAACAAGUCCUGGAGGCGGCGAAUCGACGAAGAACUGCUGGUGCAGCUGAUACUGGCUACCGAGACUCCAUUCACCAUUAACAGCACCACAGCAGCUACUGCGACUUCGAUGGGGAUCGCAGUGGACAGCAAUCCGCAAUUACAACACGAGAACAAGUUGGACCCAGCGAAGAAGAAGAUUCGCCCGGAUGUUCCAAGCACAACAACUUCGACAGCUGCAUCAUCGGUGGAGCCGAUGCCGCCCGUAGUAGUGAAAAAGAAGACCGGACCCGAGAAGGUUGCGACAGAGGGCCCUCCGAUUGCCCCGGAUCCUCCCAAAGCAAAAACUCUUCCAUGCGCUGUUUGCAACCAAGUCGAGCCUACUGGAGACGAUCACCUUUCCUGUCGUGACUGUCGUCUCACUGUCCAUCGCAAUUGUUACGGGGUACGGGGUACUCGCGUUGCGAACAAAUGGCUUUGCGACAUGUGUUCCAAUGACCGGAGUCCUUCAAUUUCAACCAACUACGAAUGUGUACUUUGUCCUGUAACUUGGACUGAGCACGAAUUGAUGGAAACUACCAAGAAUACCAGUCGCAAGAAGUCGGAUCGUGAUAAGGAGAAGGAACGACUCGAGAGGGAGAUGGUUGUAGAGGCCAUCAAAUUAUAUCGCCAGCGACAAGAAGCGGUCGGCAAGCCUGUCGGUCCUCGGGAGCCUUUAAAGCGUACUGCUGGUAAUAACUGGGCUCACGUUUUGUGUUCUCUUUGGAACCCAGAGAUCAAGUUUGGUGAUGCGAAAGAGCUGGAGCCUGCAGAAGGGGUUGGUUCUAUUCCCAAGGAUCGGUGGAGAGAGGUGUGCAAGGUCUGCAAGUCCUCCAAGGGAGGUGCGUGUAUCCCCUGUCACUUUGCAGGAUGCAAUUCUCAAUUUCACGUCGGCUGUGCCUUUAAAGCGCAGUAUCGAUUCGGCAUUGAUGUGACGCCUGUGAAGGGUUCGCGGAAAGACAGCGUCCAAACUAUCCGCCUCGGUGGUGAAGUUGGUGCAGCUACUCCUGUGGUUUACUGUCCUAAUCACGCUGUGCCCGCUACUACUCAUAACCUUGGCGAAUUGACUGGACAAGAUGGAUCCAAUGUUCUCCAAUUGUUUGCUCGAACAUACAAGCAGGCUGAUCUCACUCUUACCGGGACGUCUAGAAAGGCAGCUUACGUGCAACAGUCGGUGGUAGCGCCACAAUCCCCUGCAAUUACCGGUGGACCCCGUCGGGCUUCAACUAGCAACGGACUACUGCCAGCUGCUAAGGAUCUGCAGAAAGGAGGCCAACCGACGCCAAGCGAGGAUGCACCGGAUGCUAUGGAUAUCGAUACAGAGGAACACUCUGCACCACCGAAGCAGAGCCCUGCCGUUGAAACAACAACGUCUAAGAAAUGUGUUCGGUGCGCUAGCAUUUGGAGCCCCAAAUGGUGGCCCAGUGUACGACAUGCGAAUCAUCGAGGAGGACCUUUGGCGAACGGAGUUGGACUCAGCGCUUCAAGUCCUAGCUUUCACCCCCAUCAUCCUUCUCCAAUUGCACAAGGACCAGGGCCCUUUGCCCACGUAAACGGUGAUUCUGGAGAACAAGCCUUCGAGUGUCAUAAAUGCUACACGAAGAAUCCGCCCCCUCCCGAACCUAUUCCCGUUCCCGAAACUCGGCCCUCUCCUUAUCUCGCUCAGCGCCAUAUGCUUCCGACCCCAAGCAUGGGCCAUCCAUUCGUGCAGCACAACCAUCCUCCUGUGCCUCCGCCCCAACAUUCCGCUCCACCUCCAGCUCCUCCAACUGGUGUUCUCGGGCGGCCCCUACCCCCGACCCAUUCGCACAGUGCUCUCCCAGGGUAUCCGUCCCGAUACGAGCAACGUCCACCAGGGCCACCAGGGCCACCAGGGAGCGAUCCUAAAAUGCGCAAUGGCAUGUCGCCCCCGGCAUAUCAUGCUUCAGCCCCACCGCCCCCGCAUCAUAUUAGCCCUUAUCCUCCACCUCAUCCAGUCAGCCAUCAUCAUCCUCCGCCCCCAACUUCAGUGCAUUACCCUCCAGCUGGUCCACCACCACCACCACAGCCUUACCAGACUCACCAAAGUCCAUAUGGUCCAAUCUCUGCACGGUCGCCACAUCUCUCACAGCCUCCUCCUCGGCCAUACGCAGCAUCAGCGUCCCCGCCAAUUGUGCAAGCGACAGUCAACCGCUCCCCACAGACAGCAUUAAGUGCCCUGAACGGUGGACCUCCACCACGCAUGUUUGCAGUUGAACGUCUCGGUGGCCCUUCACACUCUCCACCGGUAGUACAUGCGCGUCCUGACCAACGUCCACGCGGGCCUACAGCUACGCCGCCCACACGACCAGCAGACACACCACCAUCUCUCAUGGCAGGGCCUACUAGUGCGAGUCGACACUCUGCCGUGAAUGGCACCGCCAGCGCCGGGUCAGGAGCAAGUGCAAGCCCAUCGCUGAAGAACCUUCUUUCCUAA